CAUAAUUUAAGUGAUUGUGAUUAGUGUUUAUACGAUCCAUCAAAUUUGAGAUUGGCUGAAUGACAUAGUGAUCACAGUCCAUAUUGAUUUAAUUGUUAAUUUAAGUCAUUUUCUAAAUAUUAAACUCAAAAAUGGAGAUUUUGAUUGUUCAAACAGGAGGUACAAUAGAUAAGUGUUAUCCUAAAAAUAUUGGGGGUUAUGCCUUUGAAAUCGGCAAUAGUUAUGCCAUGGAGAUUUGCAGUAGAUAUACAUUGCCGGAUUACAUAAAAUUUCAACUCACCAAACCAUUUUUAAAGGAUAGCUUAGAAAUCUCAAUGGAAGAUAGAUCCGAACUUAUUAAUUUAUUGAUUGAUACUCAGUUUGAGAAGAUACUUAUCACUCAUGGAACGGAUACAAUGAUUGAAACUGCACAGUAUUUAACUAAUUAUGAAGAGAAGCUUAAAAACAAAUGUAUUGUGAUAACAGGUGCUUUUCGACCCGGUGUAUUCAAAAAUACAGAUGCCGACUUCAACGUAGCAUUUGCAAUUGGUGGACUGAUAAUGUCAAAGAAGCCAGGAAUUUUCAUAGCAAUGCAUGGUCAGUUCUACCAGCCAAGUGAAGUUGUUCGCGAUGGAGAAACAGGGACUUUUAUUCCAAUCGGAAAUGAAAAGUGAGAGCCACCAGAGCAUAACCUAGUAUACAAUUGUUAGAUUCUAGUCAAACGUUCACCAGAGAAAUCAACUUGCUACUGUUUUUAUUUAAAAUAGCAUAGAUUGAUUAUGAACAGCGAACUAUCAAUACAAGUUUGGGAAUUCUAGAUGCACUUAACGAGAUAAUACAUUUGUUUUUUUACUUUGUAUUA